AUGGAUUCCGCCGAUAUCCAGAAGCAGGUGGAACUGCGAAAGCGCGCUAUCGACGUUCUGAGCUACUCGCACAACGAGUACCUGGGCUGCCGGGACGAUGAGGCGGAAUCCCUGCGCAGCAUUCUUGAUAGAUGCGUCAAGGAUGACGUAGGAGGCAGCGUUUUCGUGUUCGGACUCAGCGGCACGGGGAAGACAACGACCGUCCACCACGCCGUUGACCAGUUCAUAUCGAGCAACUCCAAAGUGCGCAAGAUGACCAUGUCUGGCAACUCCUACACGUCCGCGUGGCACUUUGUGGAGUUCGUGUACGACCGGAUCGCUCGCUACACGCCGCCGCAGAAGCGUGCCAUCAUGAGUGCCCCGUUGGGGAGGAAAUUGCUCGACUACCACCAGCUCUACGAAAUCCUGUGUGCCUCCUUCAAGUCCGCGCCGGCCUACACGGUGUGCAUAAUGGACGAGGUCGACUACAUGAGCACGUAUAUAAACUCGUCUAAGGCAUUCGGUCGCUUGAAUUGGAUGCUGCAGGCCAUCAUAUCGGCCAGCCACGCGCCCGGCAGCCGUGUGUUCUUCAUCGCGAUUUCCAACAACCUCGAACUGGGCACGCUCAUCACGGAGCAGCAGUGCCACGUCAUCAGGUUCAAGCCUUACCAGGAUAAGCAGAUCAUCGCAAUCAUCAAGGGCAAAUUGGCGAAGCUCGAUGGACCCUAUACAUCCGUGAUCAACGACACGGCAAUUAUGCUGCUGGCGAGGCGCGUGGCGAACACUUCAGGCGACAUCAGGGCGUGCCUGGACACAUUCACGCGUGCAAUAUCGAACUCCCUGUCCAACCUUCAGGAGGAGAUCGACAGGCUGACGGCGUCAUCCCUUACCGACUACGCGACGUCUUCGGAGAAUUCCACGCCCGAAAGGUCGUUAGAGUGCGACUCGACGCCGAAGCGCUGCUACGGCGAUAUGAGGUCCGACAGCAUAGAGCUCGGCAGCUACCAGGUGGGACACAAGGACGUCGGCUCCUUGACACCGACGCUGUCGCUGAGCAAGACCUCCCUCAUCGAGAUGAAGGUGAAGCCGCUGCCGUUGAUGCAGCUGCUGGCGCUCCUGUCAGUGUGCAAAUCGUCGCUCGACGAGGAGGACCCCGUCCUGUCCUUCCGCAGCAUAAAGCUUCGGCGCUCGUUUGUUGCAUACCUAACGGCUGCUCAGAGGUCGCUGAUUCACCUGGCGGACAUGCUGGGCAUGGACAAGCUGGACGUCGAAGACUUCUGCACCUCUAAGUUCAAAGACGCCAUCGACAUAUUCAUAGAGCUCGGCAUUUUGGCCAAGGCUGACGUCACUGCGACCACGGACGCGGACGACGUGCCACGCGACGAGCUGGUCUCCCUCUGCAUGGACGCAUCGUCCCUCGCCAAAAUCGUGCUACCGAUAUCGCCGGCCUUCGUGGGCCUUGACUUGGAGUUCCCGGUCGACGAGAUCGCCACAUCGCGGUACAGCAGGAUAACGAAGAGCUUCAACAUUCGCGUCGGCCCGAAGAGGACUCGGCGAAGGCUGCGCUGA